AUGGCCAGCCAACAGGUGUACAACAUCCCUGCGCUCAAGGGCCGCAUUGUGUGGGUGGACGAGCCGUACAUGUCGCUGGCGGAAGGAACGGGCGCGGUGGUGUUCGAGGCCAAGGCCAAGGCCGACCUGAACGUGGCUCUGGCGACGCAUCCGGCGGGCGUGCUGCCGUCUCAGGACGGGAGAGGCGAUGGCGCGCCUGAGUUUGAGCUCGUCAUCGGGGGCUGGCUCAACACGAAAACUGCUCUGCGAGUUGACGGCAAGGUGGCUGCGGCCAAGACCCUGUCUGAGGACCCCGCGGCUGCCAUCGCCCACUGUGGCUUUGAUCACUACUGGCUUGUGGUCUCGCAGUCGUUCCUGGCCUACGGCAAAGGUCCGCGCCUCGGCAUGGCUCCGCUGCUUGUCCUGCCACGUCCGCAACAUCAUCCCCAUGGUCAUCGCCUGUUUAUGGGCUUCACCACCUGGGGCUGGCCCGUCACCAUUCGCUCGCUCAACGUCUACCCGCACUAUGAGCCCGAUCUGGUCCUCGCAGCUGCGCUGGCUCGGCUCUCGCCGUCUCUGUCACCCUCGCCAGACUCGCUCGACCUGCCCCUCUACGCCAAUGCUCCGCAGAACGAUGCUCGCGCUGGAGCGGUAGCGGACCUUGCUGAUCUCGUCGUCGUUUGGCCCGACGGCGCGGAGCUGAAGGUCCACAGCCUAGUCCUCGCUGCGCUCUCGCCGCUUCUCGCUGAUGCCAUUGCCGAAAGCGAUGGAUCUGGCUUGACCUUUCUGCAGCGUGGCGAGCCGCGUCCUGCGUCGCCGCCGGCGCUUGUUUCGCACAUCACCCGGCUGAUUGUUGCCGAUGCCGCCGCGCUCCCGCCGCAGCCACUGGUAGAGCUCCUCUCUGUCGCCUACGGAGUCUUGCCCCCGGAUCGAGUCUCGACCGCAGCGCAUGACGUUGCCGCGGUGCUCGGCAUCGAGCAAGCCAGAUUUGCGCAGCCGCUGGCGUCGAGCCACUCGGUGUGGCGGCCGUCGCUUUUGAUGUGGCCGCAGGUGUGGCGGACGCGGUGGUCAGCCUGCCUCGCCGACAUGCCCCACUCGGACGUCGUCCUUGUUCUCGACUCGGGGGACGUGCUCGCGGCUCACAGGCUUGUUCUUGCAGCCUGGUCCGAGUACUUUGCGGUGAUGUGGGCUUCUGGCCUGCGCGAGGCGCAGGAAGCGCGGGUUGUGCUUCCGGAUGUGGGUGCAGGCGAGAUGACGGCACUGCUCAACUACUGCUACUUUGGCCAGUUUGUUGUGGACGGCGAGCUUGCGGCCGGCGACGCGUCGGCACCGCCGCUGCCAGCCGAGCUGGCGCCAGGCGUGCUGGCGCUUGCCGAUCGGUUCGGCAUGCACAAGAUCAAGGCGCUUGUCGCCACUGCGCUCUACCGCUGCCUCGAAGUCGACAACGUGCUCGAUGCAGCCUAUCUGGCCGAGGUUCUCGGCUGCCGCGAGCUGCUCCGCGGCUGUCUGGUCUUUCUCGCCAAGCUCCUGCCGGAGUUGCUUCAGCCCGAGUCGGAGCUCGCCGACGACCCCACCGAGCUCGGCACAGACCUUGCUUUCCUCACGCCCGACGCGAUGCUAGCUCUGGUCUCUGCCGCGCGGCUGGGCGCGCUCGCGCCGCACCUCGGGCCUGCCCUCGUUGCGCUGGUCGUUGCCUGGCACGCCGAGCGGACGGCGGUGGCGCGGCUCGACCCAGACGAGCGCGAGGCCCGGUCGAGAUCGAGAUCGAGAUCGAGGUCGCGGUCGCGGUCGCGGCCUAUGUCGCGGCAAGUCUCGCGGCCGAUGUCGCGGUCGUCGUCACCCACGCGCGAGCGGCGGCGGUCGCUGGCGGCCGAGCCCACCGGUAGGUCGGUGUCUGACUCGGAUGACUCGGGUCUGCGAAUCAUGUCGAUGCCGCGGUCGCUGUCAUCGGCAUCGCUGGCGUCAAUGGUCUCGCUGGCGCUCUCCGACCUCGAUGACGAGCUGGCGAGCCAGGUGUCGCGUGCGUCGUCGCCGACGCCGCUCCCCAUUGCUCGCCGCGACGACAGCGGGCCCGAGACUGCUUUCGCGGCACUUGCUGCGGUCCUCGACACGCUCGCCGGCGCAUCGCCGCCAAGCGAUUACCUCGCAUUUCGCAAGCACGUGCUCUCCUCGUUGACAAGCGCAAGCGGAUGCGCAAGUCCCAAGUCGCGGGCCAGCGACAGCGCCGGCGCCAGCGGCGAGAGCGUGCCGGCUCAGGCAGCCGAGUACGUGGCCGAUGUAGGCGAAGUGCUGGCGAGCCCUGCGGGUGAGCCCGACGGCGAGCUGCUGCUGUACUCGUUUGACGGUGACACCAAUGGUGUGGUCUACCACUACGGCACAGCGUUUGGCACGUCUCGGACCUUUAGGUCGCCACACCUCAAUGGCGUGCUUCGGGUCCUGUCUGACUCACCCGAGUCGCGGUACACACAGCGCAAGCGGCUUGUCGACCGCAAGGCGGUCUCGAACAACUCGACAACGGCGUGGUGGAUGCUGGAUCUCGGGCCGGGUGCGCGGUUGGCCGCCAACUACUACACGGUGCGGCAUACCCACACCGGCGGCAACUACCUCCGCUCAUGGAUACUCGAGGCAACCAACGACGAGGCGGCGCUCGGCCCGGCUACAGCGCGUGGGGACGUGUUGUGGACGCGGCUCGUUGUCCACAACGACGACCACUCAAUCACCUACGCCGGCCACUCGCAAACGAUGCGUUCCGGGUCUUCCGCCUCCGGCUGA